UUGCGCUCAAAAUCGCUUAGCGUUAAGUUUCAGGUCAACUUGGGGAAGGGGAAGAGUCCCAGAAGGCCAGGAAAAACAUCAUCGAACAAUUCGACGCCCACCUUCCUUUACGAUCCUUUGCUACGACUUCGCAGGCCCUAGUCGGUCAUUUCCCUUCCUCUCUCACUGCGACUCUUCUUCGUCUGCCGAAUGCUGGAGAGUUUUCAACCUUCGCCGUUCUCUCUCUCCUCUCACACAGACCCGGUGCCAGCACUCCUCCUUAUCGCGUCGUUCGAAGAAGACCAUUUAAAGAAGAUUUCCUGCAUGAUCUAUUGGAUGGUAUAGUCUGCCUGGAAGCAGGGCGGAGACGUGAAUUCCAAUCGCUCAACUCACGGAAGACCCUGGACAACAAUUACAUUCAACCCCGAGAACCUCAUGCAGGCAAGGCACAAUGCCACGACCAGAAAUCAUACGGGCAGAUUCAAUUGAUCUUCAAGAUCAGGAGGCGCCUUCGGCCAAGGAUCACUCAAGACAACCUUCUCACCCAGCGCCCCUUGGUAGCGGCCCUCCAGCUCCUCACCAGGCAGAGACUUUAAGGGAAUUGAAGGUGGAAGCCCAAGAAGAAAACCACCGAUCACCAAGAGUAUCAAAAGAGUGGACUAGUGGCGAGGUGCAGCAAUUACAACAAUAUGGGGACGAUUUGGCUGCAGGAGUAACGUCAAAACUCGGCGCAAAUAUUCAGCAGCAGCAAGACAAUUUAGCUAUCGCUCAAAAUGGAGGUGGCCUCACAGGAUCGACGGCCGAAGACGCAGAUGCGGAGGGAGACGACGGAAUGGAGGAUGAUGAUAUGAUGGACAAAAUAUCAAGCUCCCCGUCAAUCGACGAUGGUGGGUAUCCCCUUCCACAUCUAUGGCCUCAACGCGCCGAUUCCCUUACGCUUUCUACUCCGACCAAGUCUCCGUCACCAUCACAAGCGUGUUGUGAGAGCUCUUCUCCGUUCGUGGAGACGCCGGAGUAUUACCCCUUAGGACUGCCAUCUGAUCCCAUCGACAAGGACGAUGGUCAAGGCGAUCAUUCGGACAAGUAUCGUCAUCUUCAGGGUGAGUUAUUGGAUGUAUCCCGCAGCGAAUCAAAUUACGACGAAGAUCAGAUGGAUGAUGUUCCUACCCCGGCUUCGAAGAUCCACCGCCGCGUUGAGGUAUACGAUCUAGACUUCGACAUAGAUCUGCUCACCGAGGAGCUAUUAAAUGCGAAUGAAGGCACGCUGGACGAAUAUGAAGAUCUCUUUCAUGCUGGCACGUCCGAGUUAAAAGGUAGAGAAAUUGAAGUCGAAGUCAAAAUGGCCGAACCAGAAGACAUAUCAGAAUCGGACAACAGAGGAAUUCCAACUAUACCCUACGAACCAACUUCGGAUGAUGAAGAUGACGAUUUCGAUAUUUCCUUUCAUGCUUAUCCUCCUACGCGCGUUGACUCAGGCUGGGGUGGAGAUUGCUUACAAGAAACAGAGGACAUUGAUUUUGAAUUCGUAUACGCAUUACACACUUUCGUGGCGACUGUUGAAGGUCAAGCAAACGCUACCAAGGGUGACACCAUGGUGCUGCUUGAUGAUAGUAACAGCUAUUGGUGGCUUGUGAGGGUAGUCAAAGACAGCAGUAUCGGCUAUUUACCUGCAGAGCAUAUUGAGACCCCCACGGAGCGCUUGGCACGUCUUAACAAACACAGGAAUAUCGACCUCACUUCGACGAUGCUUGGAGACCAAGCUGAGAAAUCGAAGAACCCGUUGAAGAAAGCAAUUCGGAGGCGAAAUGCCAAAACGGUAACCUUUACUGCUCCGACUUAUGUUGAAGCUUCUGACAACGAUUACUCCACUGAUGAGGAGGAGGGCGAAGGAGACUACUAUGGCCAAAAUGUUCAACAAGAACAAAAUGGAGAGCAACAGGAGCAGACUAUCGAGGAGGAAGAAGUGGCUACAGUUGAGCCUCUGAAGCCGCGCGCUGAGAUACGGGAGGUCAAGUCAGAAUCGGUUGAGCCUGAGAGCAAGGACGUCGUCCUCAAAACCAGCUCAGACGCGACAAGAACAAGUGAUGAAAUGUUUGAAGGGAAACCGGAAAGCAAAUCCCGAAAUGGUACUGUCAGGAAUACGGAUUCGUUCUUCAAGGAUGAUACAGUGGAGACUCGAAAGAUUACGCUCACGCCCAAUCUGCUCCGAGACGACUCAAGUACUUCCACAAGAACAUCGAAUGAUUCUAAGGAGCUCAAACAACGUCCAAGUCUUGACAAGCUGGAGAAGGACUCCCCAGAGAAGAACAAAGACAAGAAAGCAAAAGACAAGAAGGAUAAGGAGAAGAAGCCGGGUAUGCUCAGUGGUUUGUUCAAACGAAAAGAAAAGAAGAACAAGUCCUCAAUCGAUGACGAGAUUGAUGAGUUGAUGGGCAGUAAACAGUCCACCGAGAAUGAGAGAUCGUCUCCUGAUCCCACCCGAGAUUCUGGCGAUGUGGUUGCUGUUGAAGAGCAAGCUCCUACCCAGGGUUCUGAAGUACAAAGGCAACCGAGCAAGCUUCAGAAGCAACCUCGAAUGGAUGCAUCACCCACCCGGAAGACUGGCCAAGGAAGAGAGCCUAAAGCCUUGGAGCCUCAGCAAGCACCUGCGCCUACACGUGCAACACCGGCCGAGUCUGUCCAGGCACCUUCAAUGCGUUUAGUACAGCCUGACACAGUAGACGAAGCUACUCAGCAGACUCGAAAUGCUACUCCAGAGAAUCCAAGAGGACCGCAAGAAAGGGCUAUCUCUGAAGCCACGCGUGCGCCAGCUCCAAUCAUGACAGCUCCUGAGAAGCCGAAAUCUGUGGGAGCGAUAACAAAGAUGCUCCGAAGUAACUCGGAGUCGAAACCAGUGAAGGCUACAAAGGCCAAAUCACGGGUUGAGCUGGAUGACUUCGAUUCUUCAGACGACAACUCACCUGUUGAAGAGCCUGUUCGCGGGCCAAGCAAACAAGCUCAACGUCCAAUUCCUGGUAGCUUUCCAGACAGCUACAUCGCGACGCCAGCAAAUGAACGGAACAAUCCGGCAGAAGAUAGAUUGUCCGAGUCACCAGUACAGGUGUCCCCUGUUCAAUCAUAUCCUCCGCCCCUCAUGGUUGACACUUCGAGCCAAGAAGAGCCGCCGUCACCUGUAUCAUCACCUUCGCCAGAGCUCAUUGACGCAGAGGAUGCCCGAGAAAAGAAAGGUGGAAGCUCUACGACUUCCACGUCCACUCCCACAUGGAGUGAUGCUCAUCUCAGAACCUUCUUUGAUGAUGACGCGGAUAUCAAAGAUCUGUUGGUUGUGGUUUAUGAUAAGUCAGGGGUGGUCCCUGCUGGCCCGGAUCAUCCAAUUACGGGGAAUCUUUUCAGGGAAGAAAACGCCAAGUUAGCGGACAUCACUAAUCGUCUGGACGGUAUGCUCGGAGACUGGCUUGCUCGCAAGAUGCGAACGCAGGCUUCACGAUAGGAGCUUCUUUAACUGUAAAAGUGUUCGGCGCUCGAGGGGAAUUCUUCUACGCCGGAUUUUCUUCUGACUUGUACAUGAUGAAUACGAAAAAUGAUCAAUGACAUCAG